AUGUUCCAAAAUUCGCAAGAAGACGAAGACAAUUUAGAAGUAAAGUUUAUAGAUUCUGCCGAGUUCCAAGACUUACAUAGCACCAAUAUCGAUGCAGAAAUUGUAUUCCGAUGGGUAGAAUCGUUCGAUACAGAAGCAGGGAAAUGGCUUCAAGUUCUCGCGAAGUUUGUCAAUCCAUUGGCUGCAAAAGAAGGAUUUUGCUUUCGUAUUAAUGAGAAGUUCGCAAAAUUUCUACAAUGCCAGGGAGCAGAAGCAGUACAAACAGAAGGUGUAUUUUCGAAGACUUCAAAUGUGGCACCUCGAAGUCUUGGAGAUACUGCGAAUCUUCCAGUUCUACUUAAAAACCUCUCAGAAACCUUGAGACAAGUGAAUCUAGCCCAAUAUAUAGUCACUGUACUAUAUAAAAUUGGUCAAGAAGCGAACUAUGAAAAUAUUGUGAAAAAAACUGUCAGCUAUCAGCGUCUGAAACUUCUUCAUCUAUAUCACAACGGAUAUAGACAAGGAAUCGAAAAUCUGCUAUCCAAUCAUCGCUUGUUGCGACAUUUUCGACAUGGAUGCAAGACAACGCGAGAUGUCCGUACUAGACACGUAAAAAUUCUAUUCAUCGAGCGAGACACUUUUACAAUUGCGCCAGAAGCAAGCACUAUGGCACUACAGACUGUUCUAGAUGACUGGAAUUGUCAGAUCCAGGACGAGAAGAUUGUGCAGACAACACAUGCGAAUACACUCCAAAUGCGAUCACUUCACGUUGGUGGCGACGGAUUCUAUUUCUUGAACGAAUCUUUAAACUGCGCGAUGGCUCUAAACUACCACCAGGCGCAAGAAGAAAUGGAGGAGUUUGACACAAUUUUCACAGAACGCGCAGCAAAUCCACGUGGCAGACAGUUGUUCAAUUUUUGGAAGCUAAUCUCGAAAUACGAACGCAAUCAAAAAACUGGAAAUCCGAGAGGAUUUAUGCUAACUGCUCAAAGGUUGGAAGAAGAAUGCACGACAGAGGAUAUUGGAGCGACAUGCACUGUGCUCGUUGAAACAGCAUGCAAGAUUCGAAAUCAGUGUGGACAGCAUGCCACAGUAAUCACGGAUACCAUCGCCCGUUGUCCGUCGAUGGGUCCUCGAAUGCUGCAACUCUCUGAUCACUGCAAAGUUGGUCAUGAAAAAGAAGUUCUUCUUCAGCAAAUGUGCGAUAUCGAAUCCUCCAAAGGUUGUCUGCAUCCUAGUGAACUUCUAUGGUUGGAUUGCGUUGACAACUUUUUGAAGCACGUUAAUAGGUACGGAUCCGUACGGCAGACAAUGGAAAAGUCGCUAAAAAUCAUGUUCGAAUUUUUGGACUUUGACACGAAUCGAUUCAACGAGCGAGCAUGGGUUCUGAUGGAGAAAGUGCUGGAGAUGUCGGAUCCGUCGUUCGUAGUGCCUCAGUGGAAAAGUCGCGUGAAUUGGUGGCCUAAAUAUCAUACAUCCAGAGCGAAAGAUGGACGAAAAAUGAGUAGAGAAGUGUCAAGGAAGAAGAGAGCUAUCAUGGAAGCUCUAGGAGACAUCGCUUUGUGA